UUAUGGGCUCAGGAAGUGGCAGAGACCAAGGCCGAGACUCUCUGAAGAGGCUCUGGAACAAGGGAGGAGAUGCAAGAAUGGGGGAUGAUGAUGGGUUAGAUGAUGAUAUGCUUCCACGUUCCCCUUCCCCUCGCUCUCCCCCUUCUGAGUCUCCACCCUCUUUCUCUCCUCCACCUUCUGCCCCUGGUACUCUCAUCAAACCCAAACCCAGAGGGAGAGAGCGGGAAGGUGGACACUCCUUACCUUCUGCCCAGUCACUUCACUUGGUCCUCAACUCACUUAACAGAGAGCAAGAAGAGGAGGAGAAUGGAAGAGUGCACCUGUCCCUUCCUCUCUCCUCCUCCCUCCCCGCAUCUCUGUCGGAUGAGAGUGUGAUGACCCCAGAUGUGGAGAACGCUGUGGUCAGCCCCAUUCUACCGUUCCUUUUCUUGGGAAAUGAGAGAGACGCGCAGGACCUGGACCUGCUGCUGCGACUGAACAUCGGCUAUGUGGUAAACGUCACCACCCAUCUGCCCCUGUACCAUGUGGACACGGGUCUGGUGCGCUACAAGAGGAUCCCUGCCACUGAUAACAGCAAGCAGAACCUCCGCCAGUACUUCGAGGAGGUCUUUGAGUUCAUAGAGGAGGCUCAUCAGAGUGGGCGAGGCGUGCUGGUGCACUGCCAAGCAGGUGUGUCCCGCUCAGCGACCAUCGUCAUCGCUUACUUGAUGAAGCACACCCUUAUGACCAUGACCGAUGCCUACAAAUAUGUGCGGGGUCGACGGCCAGUGGUGUCUCCAAACCUCAACUUCAUGGGGCAGCUGCUGGAGUUCGAGAGAGAUCUCAACUCUGGGGUUACCCCUCGAAUCCUGAUCCCCAAACUGAGCGGCCUGGAGACACAAGUCUGAAAGAGCCAGAAUAGUGGAGAGUGAAAGAGGAGACGAGGAAGAGAAGGCAGAAAAAAAAGGAAAAUAGAGAGGGCUGCUAAGCUGACAGCAAAAAUAACCCUAGAUUUACAUCAAUAUGUUUAUGUGGGUUGUCUUUAGUGAUGAGAUGUUUAAAAAAAGAUCAGAUAAAAAGCAAUCCAGGAUGGAGGGUGCAUUAGAGACGAGCUGUUCAAAUGAAAAUGGAGUACCUACACUCUUUUGAGCAUUUCUACGUAAUUAUAGCGCUUU